CACUAUCCUUCGAUCUCUGCGGCUGCAGCUUGUAAGGUCACUGUGUGCCUUACCUCCUCCUCUAACAUCGCCGCCUCCUUCUCUCCAUCUUUUUUCCCUAUUCUCGGUUCUGUGAAUUAUUUUUAUCCAAUCCUCUUUUGCGGUUAAUAUCUGAAAGCCUAUCAAGAUGGUGAAGUUCACAGCAGAAGAGCUUCGAAGGAUUAUGGACUACAAGCACAAUAUCCGUAAUAUGUCUGUUAUUGCACAUGUUGAUCAUGGGAAGUCCACUCUUACUGAUUCUCUUGUGGCUGCUGCUGGUAUCAUUGCUCAAGAAGUUGCUGGAGAUGUUCGAAUGACGGAUACAAGAGCAGAUGAAGCUGAGCGUGGUAUUACAAUCAAGUCCACUGGUAUCUCACUUUAUUAUGAGAUGACUGAUGAAGCUUUAAAGGCCUACAAAGGGGAGCGGCAGGGAAAUGAGUAUCUUAUUAAUCUUAUUGAUUCCCCUGGGCAUGUUGAUUUCUCAUCUGAGGUGACUGCUGCCCUUCGUAUUACUGAUGGUGCAUUGGUGGUGGUUGAUUGUAUCGAGGGUGUGUGUGUCCAAACAGAAACUGUCCUUCGACAGGCUCUGGGAGAAAGGAUUCGGCCUGUCUUAACUGUCAACAAAAUGGACAGGUGUUUCCUUGAGCUCCAGGUUGAGGGGGAGGAGGCUUACCAAACAUUUCAGAAGGUUAUUGAGAAUGCCAACGUUAUCAUGGCGACAUAUGAAGAUCCUCUCCUUGGUGAUGUCCAGGUUUACCCAGAGAAAGGUACCGUUGCUUUCUCUGCUGGUUUACAUGGCUGGGCUUUCACUCUUAGUAACUUCGCCAAAAUGUAUGCCUCCAAGUUUGGUGUUGAUGAGUCUAAGAUGAUGGAAAGACUGUGGGGUGAGAAUUUCUUUGACCCUGCUACCAAGAAGUGGACCAGCAAGAACACUGGCUCACCUACAUGCAAGCGUGGUUUUGUUCAGUUCUGUUAUGAGCCCAUCAAGCAGAUCAUCAGCACUUGCAUGAAUGAUCAGAAGGACAAGCUGUGGCCAAUGUUGUCAAAGCUUGGAGUAACGAUGAAGUCUGAUGAAAAAGAGUUGAUGGGAAAGGCACUCAUGAAGCGUGUCAUGCAGACAUGGCUUCCAGCAAGUAGUGCUCUACUUGAAAUGAUGGUCUACCAUCUUCCAUCUCCUGCCAAGGCUCAGAAGUACCGUGUUGAAAACUUGUACGAGGGUCCGCUUGAUGAUCAAUAUGCUAAUGCCGUCAGGAACUGUGAUCCCGAGGGACCUCUUAUGGUCUAUGUAUCCAAGAUGAUUCCAGCAUCUGACAAAGGUAGAUUCUUUGCUUUUGGCCGUGUGUUUUCUGGAAAAAUUGCUACUGGCAUGAAGGUUAGAAUCAUGGGUCCCAACUAUGUUCCUGGAGAGAAAAAGGACUUGUAUGUUAAGAAUGUCCAAAGAACAGUUAUUUGGAUGGGUAAGAAGCAGGAAACAGUUGAGGAUGUGCCAUGUGGUAACACAGUUGCUAUGGUUGGUUUGGAUCAAUUCAUCACCAAGAAUGCAACCUUGACCAAUGAAAAGGAAGUUGAUGCUCAUCCAAUUAGAGCAAUGAAGUUCUCUGUCUCCCCUGUCGUGCGUGUUGCUGUGCAGUGCAAGGUUGCAUCUGACCUCCCCAAGCUUGUUGAAGGUUUGAAACGUCUGGCGAAGUCUGACCCUAUGGUUGUCUGUACGAUUGAGGAAUCUGGAGAGCACAUCAUUGCUGGUGCUGGAGAACUGCACCUUGAAAUUUGCUUAAAGGAUUUGCAAGAUGAUUUUAUGGGCGGUGCUGAGAUUAUUAAGUCUGAUCCAGUGGUGUCUUUCCGUGAGACAGUUCUCGAGAAGUCUUGUCGCACUGUGAUGAGCAAAUCUCCUAACAAGCACAACCGUCUCUAUAUGGAAGCUAGGCCCCUGGAAGAGGGGCUUGCAGAGGCCAUUGAUGAUGGUCGUAUUGGUCCAAGGGAUGAUCCAAAGAAUCGUUCUAAGAUCUUGUCAGAGGAGUUUGGAUGGGACAAGGAUCUUGCAAAGAAAAUCUGGUGUUUUGGUCCUGAGACUACUGGACCCAACAUGGUGGUUGAUAUGUGCAAGGGAGUUCAGUACCUGAAUGAAAUUAAGGAUUCUGUUGUUGCUGGUUUCCAGUGGGCUUCAAAAGAAGGUGCAUUGGCUGAAGAAAACAUGAGAGGUAUCUGCUUUGAGGUUUGUGACGUCGUCCUGCAUGCUGAUGCCAUCCACAGAGGCGGUGGCCAGGUUAUUCCUACUGCUAGGAGGGUUAUCUAUGCUUCCCAACUUACUGCUAAGCCCCGACUUUUGGAACCCGUGUACCUUGUGGAGAUCCAAGCACCCGAACAAGCUCUCGGUGGCAUCUACAGUGUUCUGAACCAGAAGCGUGGACACGUCUUUGAGGAGAUGCAGAGGCCAGGCACACCCCUUUACAAUAUCAAGGCCUAUCUUCCUGUCGUCGAGUCAUUUGGUUUCUCAGGUACAUUGAGAGCUUCUACAUCAGGACAGGCAUUCCCCCAGUGUGUCUUUGAUCACUGGGAUAUGAUGUCCUCGGAUCCAUUAGAAUCUGGAUCGCAAGCUGCUCAGCUUGUUACUGAGAUCAGAAAGAGGAAGGGUUUGAAAGAUCAGAUCACACCACUUUCAGAGUUCGAGGACAAGCUGUAAACCUGCUGAAAUCAGCUACUAUAUCAUUGAUAAGCGCAUGAAAGCUGGGCGGAGUAUAAUUUUGUCUUUCAUCGUUUUUGAACUUUUUUUUAACAUUUUAGGUGUUGAGUGAGUUGUAGCCCUUUUUCUUGCCGUGGAGUCACACUCUAAUUAGAUGUGUCAUGGGAAGACGCAAAUGUCGUGUUGUUCUAUGUUUUGAUUUCAGUUUCCAUGAGAACUACAAGAUUGGUUGGAACUUCAAUUUAUUUCCUGUCUUCCCCUUAUUUUA